AUGCGUCCAAAUAUUGUUGUUGGAGUUGAAGAUGGUGAAUCAAUGUAUAAAAAAUGGUAUUUUGAAGUUAUUAUUGAUCAUAUAGAACAAGUAACACAUGUUCAACCACAUAUUCGUAUUGGUUGGGCAACAACACAUUUUCAACCAUCACCGGGUCAUGGUGAUGGAUUUUCAUCAAAUGGUAUUGGUGAUAAUACAUAUUCAUAUGGUUUCGACGGUCAAAAUAUUUGGUUUGCUGGUCGCGCAUAUGAUGUAUCAAAUAAUGAUACAAAACAAGUUGGUUUUAAAAAAAAUGAUGUUAUUGGAUGUUUAUUAGAUUUAGAUAUACCUGAAAUGUGGUUUUCAUUAAAUGGUUUACCUGUUAAAGGUCUUAUAAGAGAAUUUAAUCUAACUGGAAUGUUCUAUCCAGCUAUGUCUUUAUCAUCUCGUGUCAGUUGUCGAUAUAUAUUUGGUGGUGAACAUGGUCGUUUUAUGCAUCAACCACCUGAAGGUGUUGCAUCACUUUAUGAAGCUAUGUUAAUUAAACAAAAAGUUUGUAUUGAACCAUGUUUUUCAUUUGGUAAUAUUGAACGAAAUUGUCUUAAUGGUCCAUCACAUAUUCAACAUAAUAUUGCAUUUACACCACAACCAGUACGAACAAAUCAUAUUAUAUUACCAACAUAUCUUGAAAAUAUAUGUGAUAAAUUAGCUGCUAAUUCUCAUGAAUUAUGGUGUAUGAAUAAAAUUGCUAAUGGUUGGCGAUUUGGUGAAAAUCGAGAUGAUAUACAAAAGAUAAAUCCAUGUUUAACAUUAUUUGAUAAUCUUCCAAUCGAAGAAAAACAACAUAAUCUAACAACAACAGUAGAAAAUUUGAAAAGUUUAUUAGCAUUUGGUUAUCAUAUUGGUAUAGAAAUGAAAACAGAUGAUCGUCGAUUAAAAUAUAUUAAAUUACCAAAUACAUAUGUACAAUCAAAUAGUUAUAAAUCUCAACCAUUAGAUUUAUCAAAUGUUAUUUUAUCUACUAAAAUGGAUGAAUUAAUUGAAUUAUUAGCUGAAAAUACGUAUAAUGUUUGGGCAGCAGCUAGAAUUAAAGAUGGAUUUACUUAUGAUGUAUCCGAUAAUCCUCAUCAUAAACGAAGUCCAUAUUUACUUCCAUAUUCAAUAAUUGAUGAUAGUAUUAAAAAAAUCAAUCGAGAUACAGCAAGUGAAACUGUUAAAACACUUCUUUCUUAUGGCUAUACAAUAGAUACACCAACAGGUGAUAUUGAAGAUCUUAAUAGACGUAAUAAAGAUGUUAAAAAUAAUGAACCUAUGUCAAAUUAUCGAACAUAUCGUGCUGAAAAAACAUUUGCUGUAACACGUGGUAAAUGGUAUUAUGAAGUUGAAUUAUUAACAUCAGGUCGAAUGUUAAUUGGAUGGGGACAUGCAUCAAAUCUUGGUGCAUUUUAUCCACUUGGUACCGAUUCCUAUGGAUAUUCAUUUGAUGGUUUAAAUGCACGACGUUUUCAUCAUAAUACAUAUGAUAGAUUUGGUAAACAAUGGACAAAAAAUGAUGUUGUUGAUUGUAUGAUUGAUUUACAUGAUAAAACAAUAAGUUUUUCAUUAAAUGGUGAAUUAAUGUUAGAUAAUUAUGGUAAUGAAACAUCUUUUGAUGGACUUGAUAUUGAUGAAAUUGGUUUUGUACCAGCAAUAACAUCAUUUAGUGGACAAAAAGCUCGAUUCAAUUUUGGACAAGAUAUUCAUUCAUUAAAAUAUUUUACAUCUUGUGGUUUACAAGAAGGAUAUGAACCAUUUUGCGUUCGCGAUGAUCCACCAUUAAUAAAAUUACAAUCUCGAUUAUUUGGAACAUUGGAAAAAGUUGAAUUUGAAUUUCUACGUUUAUCACUUCCUAUAUCAUGUCAUGAUAAAUUUGUACCAAGACAAGUAACUCUUGAACGACGUCAAAUGGUCUUAAAUGAAUAUCUUGAAUGUCAUGCUGAAAAACAUAAUUUUAUAUUUCUACCAAAACCAACUACACCAUCAUCAAAUGAACAAACAGAAAGUUCAACAACAAAUAAAUCUCAAUCUGAUUCAACAAAUUCACUUGUCAAAUUUGUUGAUCAAUCAACAUCAAGAAAAAGUCCAUUAUCAAUAAUGAAUGAAAAUAAAUCAAAUAUAAAAUCAUCAACAAAUAAAAUCAAUAAUUUUUUUCAAUCACUCUUAAAAGAACAACAACAACAACCUACAAAACGUAUGGUUAAAUUAAAUACAGAUACAAAUGCAAUAAAUAUAAAUCAACAAAAUCAAUUACAAUCUGCCUUAAAACCUCCAAUAAAACAAUCAAAUAAUACUAUGACAGAAAAAUCUACAAAUGAAAAUGAUACAGAAUUUAAUGAUCAACAAACAAAUGAUUAUGAAGAUGAUGAUAUACGUAUAAUUAAUGAACAUAUUCAUGAUUAUUAUUAUGCAGUUAGAAUUUUACCUGGUCAAAAUCCACGUUCAGUAUUUAUUGGUUGGGUAACAUCAAGAUUUAAAUCAGUAAAUCGACACUAUGAUACAACAGUAAAUAAAUUAACUAAACUNUAA